ACCCUAGCUAGCCCCAUCUGACGGCCACGAGAACUCCAUCGCCUCGGUAUAAGGUCACUCCUAGGCCGCCGCCACCCAGACCCCAGGCUCCUCUCCGCACGCUCCACCUUCCCUGCCUCGCCGCCGCCGUCGCACGCAGCCGCAUCCGCCAUGGGUGCGUACAAGUACGUAUCGGAGCUAUGGAGGAGGAAGCAGUCCGACGUGAUGCGGUUCGUGCAGCGCGUGCGCUGCUGGGAGUACAGGCAGCAGCCGGCCAUCGUCCGCCUCACAAGGCCCACCCGCCCCGACAAGGCCCGCCGCCUCGGCUACAAGGCCAAGCAGGGGUAUGUUGUUUACCGUGUCCGUGUCAGGCGUGGUGGCAGGAAGAGGCCUGUGCCUAAGGGUAUUGUCUAUGGCAAGCCCAAGCACCAGGGUAUCACCCAGCUCAAGUUCCAGAGGAACAAGAGAUCUGUUGCUGAGGAGAGAGCUGGACGUAAGCUUGGUGGACUCAGGGUUCUCAACUCCUACUGGGUGAAUGAGGAUAGCACCUACAAGUACUUCGAGAUCAUCCUGGUUGAUGUUGCCCACACCACCAUCCGUAAUGACCCAAGGAUCAACUGGUUAUGCAAUCCUGUGCACAAGCACCGUGAGCUCCGUGGUCUCACCUCUGCAGGCAAGAAGUUCCGUGGUCUGCGUGGCAAGGGCCACACUCACCACAAGAACAGGCCGUCGAGGAGGGCCACCUGGAAGCGCAACCAGACCCUCUCCCUCCGCCGCUACCGUUGAGCACAUACAUCUUGAUGCUCUGCUACUGUGGAACCCGCCCCAUGCAGGCUCUGAUAGUAUUUGGUAUUUUUGUUGCAUUGUUAAAUUUUGCUACAUGUGUUCCGAGCUCCUUGAACUCUGUUAUCAGUGUACCAUGGAGCAAGUGCCGUGAACUAUAUUUGUGGUUAUCUUGUGUUCUCAGUCGAUGAAAAUGAUGGUUUAGUAAUGUAUUGCUGUGUAUUCGGUCUCGCAUUAUGGGUUUAGUGUUGCGGCAACGGUUGAUUA